ACACAACCCUAUCUUCAAGUUACGCGGUUUUGCUCUCAUAUGCUCCGUGACCCUCACUCCAUUACUCUAAUCCACGUGUACAGCAUUGCCCCUCCUCACCAUUGUGCGCCAUUUAAGUCAAAAGUCCAAUUUACACCUACUUUGAAGCUUUCAACCUCCAUGAAUCUUCUUGGCAGUUGGCACCAAUAAACAGAAGAGAGAGAGAGAGAGAGAGAGAGAGAGAGAGAGAGAGAGAGAAGAGAGAGAAACCCAUAGAAUACACAGACAUUCAGAGAGAGAAAGAAACACACAAUUAUCAUUUGGGUGGGGACAGUGACAAGCCCCAAAUAUCCCUUUUUGAUCUAACAAAUCAAGACCCAUAUCCAAAUCCUGACAUUCUUCAUCUGUAUCUCUCUAUUUUCUGUUAUUUAGGAGCUUUUGGCCUUGUGGGUGUGGUGGGAUUUUGGAAAAAUUUGGAUCUUGAGAAGGAAAAAAUGAAUAUGAUGACGAUGGAGGGGAUGAUGGACAAGGGAGUUUUGGAGGAUAUAAUAAGGAGAUUGUUGGAGGGUAAAGGAGGGAAACAGGUUCAGUUGUCAGAAGGUGAGAUCCGUCAGCUGUGCGUCAACGCUCGCCAAAUCUUCCUCUCUCAGCCAAAUCUCCUCCAGCUCCACGCACCUGUCCGGAUCUGUGGUGACAUACAUGGACAGUACCAAGACCUACUGAGACUUUUUGAAUAUGGUGGUUUUCCUCCGGAAGCAAAUUACCUCUUUCUUGGCGACUAUGUCGAUCGAGGGAAGCAAAGCUUGGAAACAAUAUGUUUGCUUCUGGCCUACAAAAUAAGAUACCCUGACAAAAUUUUCCUUCUAAGGGGAAACCAUGAAGAUGCAAAGAUAAAUAGGAUUUACGGGUUUUAUGACGAAUGUAAAAGGAGAUUCAAUGUUCGUCUUUGGAAGAUAUUCACAGAUUGCUUCAAUUGUUUGCCCGUUGCUGCUUUGAUUGAGGAAAAGAUACUUUGCAUGCAUGGAGGACUUUCUCCGGAGUUGCAAAAUUUGGACCAAAUAAAAGAAAUUGAGAGGCCUGCUGAUAUUCCGGAUAGUGGUCUCCUAUGUGACCUCUUAUGGUCUGAUCCAGACCCUAGGGUUGAGGGUUGGGCAGAUAGUGAUCGAGGUGUUUCUUGUACUUUUGGAGCUGACAAGGUGGCUGAGUUUUUGGAUAAGAAUGACCUAGACCUCAUUUGUCGGGGUCAUCAGGUGGUGGAGGAUGGGUACGAAUUUUUUGCUAAACGAAGGCUUGUAACUAUAUUCUCAGCUCCAAAUUACGGUGGGGAGUUUGAUAAUGCAGGUGCUCUACUGAGUGUUGAUGAAUCCCUAAUGUGCUCUUUUGAGAUAUUAAAACCAGUUGAUUACAGGCAAUCUCCUGGCAGUUCCAAGUUGCCCCUCAAAAAGCCCCCUAAGAUCGGAAAGGCCUGAGAUUUCUUUCAUUCGAUAUGAAAGAACAGGAAGCUCAUAUCUCGCCAUAAAUGAAUGUUUUAUGCUAAUAGAUGAGCUUUUUUGUGGCGAAGCCAUCAUUCACUAGUCCAUGGCAGAUGAGAUUCUCAUGAGAUUGAAGCUUGCACACACUUUGGCUGCAAUAGAGCUUAUCAGGACUGAUCUGUAAAUUAGCAACGUAUGCUAUCUUCUGUGCAGCAACUCAGGUUUUUUUUUUUUUCAUUUGCUUCCUCUUUGGUUGAUUUAGACACCCUUUUGUUAGGUCCUUGUAUCCAGAAAUCAGCAUUCAAUUUGCAAAUGCUGAUUGAGGAUGAGCCUUCCCAUGAUUUUUGGUUGUUAUACUGUUUGUAUAUGGAUCGCGGUGUUCUGUUGAAGCUUGUUUUGUACUAUCUUUUAAUGUAAUCCAUACAUGCCGUGCAGUUUGUGUGGGACUCCC